UGACCCCCUAUCUGGCCCACUGUAAAAUGAAAGUAGUCUACAGCACACCACUCUUAGUCUCACAGAGGACUGCAUGCAGGAAAAGACAUGAUCGUGUCAAGACUUCGACCCAGAUCCGUCGUUCCCCCAAAGCCUUCUAACCUCAAAUCCUUGGGGCCAAACAUCCCAAACCACUUCCAGACCAUAAACCAGAACAGACCAAACCCGAACCAGAACCAACCCCCAUCAGGGGAGAGGAGCCAGGAGAGGAAACAACAUCAACUACCGGAGGGGAAGGUGAAGAGGAUUGUGCGUAAGUUCAGCAGCCAGGAGAUGGGGCAGGCAGGACUAGAGACAAGAACAGGGGUAGAGGCUGGGGCAGAGACAGUGACUGGGGCAAAGCAGGGAGACGGUGGGGUGGUGGGGUGGACAAGUACAAGGACAGAGGCAGGACAGCAGGCAGACAGUAACAGAGGACAGACAAGGGCCCAGCAGGCCGACUAUGAUGCUAUAAUAACGAGCACUGUGGAACUCAGCCUCAUACCACCUCCAGUACCAUUGAGAAAGCCACGUUCUGGCCCUCACACACAACCUACAGCACAACCCACAGCACAGAGUGAUGCCGUGCCCCUGGGGCAGAAGACAGACAACCAUCUGGGCACCCUUCUCACACCUGGACAUGGACGAGGAAACAGAUCAGCUCCCGAUGGAAGUGAGGUGGAUGAAGCGCCUGUGUGUGUUACCAUUGAGAGCAGACAAACCACAGGCUCGGCAGACACCCCUAGUGGUCACCAUGGCAACAUGACACAGUGCCAGUGCAUCUGUCACCUGAGGAGAACUGGCAUGAAGUUAGUCUGGGUUCCUCUGGAGGAAGAGGAAGAUAACUAUGUAGAGGUGAUAGGGGAUGAAGAAAAAGAGAAACGAGGGAAUGAGCACCAGAAGAGAGUGGUGAAGGAGGGGAAGGAAGAGGAUGAAGAUGACUACAUAGAAGUGACAGGGGAUGAAGAGAAAGAAAAACGAGGGAAUCAGGACCAGAAGAGAGAGAGGAAGGAGGUGAAUGAAGAAAUGUUGGGAUCUUUCAGAGCAGAAGAGCGUGGGGGGAAAAGUCAGACAGGGUGCCAAACAGAGACAGCUGCUGUGUUCAGUGAGCACAGAGAGGUCAGAGUUCACAAGGUCAGCGAGAAUAACAGCCAGAGAUCCUUCCCUUCAAAACAUAACACAUCAUCCAACGCAGAAUCUUCCCUGGCCCUGAUGAUCUGCUCACAGCACAGCUCAUAUCAGCAUAGCACACGACAGCACAGCUCAAACACCAAGCACAGCUCACACCAGCACAGUUCACACACCAGACCCCAUCAAAACAAAACUGAGACAUAUGAUGAGGUUACAUAUGAGGCCAUGCCCAUGUCUGACAGAGAAGAACCACAUCCACUCCCACUCCCACGCCUAAUGAAACCUCCACUGAUGCACAAGACGCAGCAUCCCUCUCCUCCGAAGGAUAAUCUCCAGAGCAUGUCCACGUCCUCUCUCUCUGGCCUACUAACCUCAAUUUCAAAGUCAGACAUCCAGAAGAGUACCCCUUCCCCUCAGACUCCUCCCUCCAUCUCCCAUGGCAACCCCCAUCAGCCAAUCCUGCGACCUCUGCCUCCACUUCCUGUUUUACAUGAUCUCUGCCUUCUCCCCUGCCCCAUCAUGCCCCGCCCUCCUCAACUCAGACCUCAGAUUCCAAUGAAACCUCUUCCACCUAACCCUGAGCCCAGUGGCCCUAGCUGUCUCAGCCGACACUCAUCCACAGAUGCUGAUGUUAGGGAUGACUGGGUGACUGUAGACGGGGAGGACGUAGAGGAGCCACAGGAACAGGCAGAUAGUCCCAGGAGGAUCUCCUCAGACUGGGGACCUUUGAGGCUGGACGAACCUCUGUACCAGAUCUACCAGGCUAAGUCCAUCAAGGAGGCGAUCCAGCUCCAGAGCAUCAGCCGGAGUGCCAGCAGGGCCACCGUGGACCUCCAUAUGAGGCUCAGGGGCGGUGGGUCCUUAGGGGCCCCUAAGGGCCAGUUCUUCAGGGCCAGGAAUGGCCCCGCAGAGGUCACACUGUGGCAGGAGCUACCGGUGGUCAGAGACAGUGGGAUCCUGGAGAGACUCAGUCCAGAGGAGCUGCAGAGACAGGAGAGCAUGUUUGAAGUAUUGACAUCGGAAGCCUCGUACCUCCACUCACUGAACGUUCUCACUGAUCACUUCCUGAUGUGUCGGGACCUUGAUGACACACUGGUGAUCCAUGACAAGAAGACCCUCUUCUCCAACAUACUCCAUGUGUAUGAGGUCAGCCAGAGGUUCUUGAAGGAUCUUCUGAGUAGGAUCGAUGAGAACAUUCUGAUAACUGAUGUGUGUGACAUCAUCCACCAAUACGCCCUGUACGACUUCUCAGUCUACAUUGAUUACAUCCGUAACCAGGGUUACCAGGAGAGGGCCUACAGCUCCCUCGUGCAGACCAACAACCCAUUUGCGUUGGUGAUGCGGAGGCUGGAGGAGUCUCCUCUAUGUCGUCGUCUUCCCUUCUCCUCCUUUCUGCUCCUUCCUUUCCAGAGGAUCACACGCAUCAAGAUCCUUGUACAGAACAUCCUGAAGAGGACUAAAGAGGGCACUAGGGAGGAGAACACUGCCUCUAGAGCCCUGACCUCAGUGUCUGAGAUCAUCAAGGAGUCCAACACACAGGUGGGCCAGAUGAAGCAGAUGGAGGAACUCAUACAAGUCAAUAACACAUUGGAGUUCAACAAACUCAAGGCUGUUCCCAUUGUCUCGAAGGCUCGCUUCCUGGAGAAGAGAGGAGAGCUAUAUGAGCUAUCCAAAGGGGCCUCCCUCUUCAGUUCUCGUCUCAAACUCACCCCCAUCUACCUCUUCCUCUUCAAUGACCUACUCAUCAUCACAUGCAAAAAGAGCUCAGAGCGCUAUAUGGUGACAGACCACACCCACCGCUCCCUGGUGCAGGUCCAGCCCGCGGGGUUUGGGGUUGGAGCGGAGGGCCCUGGGCCCAAGUUGGAGCACUCCUUCUGUCUGCUACUGCUGGAGAACCACCGAGGCAUUGCCUGUGAACACCUGCUGAAGGCCCCCUCAGAGUCAGAUAUGCACCGGUGGAUGGCAGCAUUCCCUUCCUUAAAUGACCCAAACAGAAAGGAAGAGGUGGUUUAUGAGGACUGGGAUUGCCCCCAGGUGCAGUGUGUGAAACGAUACGUUGCCCAGCAGGCUGAUGAGCUCACCAUGGAGCCUGCUGACAUUAUCAACGUGCUAUGCAAGACCCAUGAGGGUUGGAAUAAGGGGAUGCGUCUGUCUGACGGAGAGAAGGGUUGGUUCCCUAGCAAAAGCGUGGUGGAGAUAACCAACGAGCAUCGGAGGAGACGGAACCUUCGGGAGCAGUACCGCAUCGCUCAAGCUGCAGCUAAAGUCACAAAGAACUGACUACCUGCAUAUUUGUAUGUGUGUCCCAAAUCACACACUAUUCCCCAUAUAGUGCACUAGUUUGGAGAAAUGUCCAAUGGGUCAAAAGUAGUGCACUAUAAAAAAAAAGGUAUUACAGUGCUAUUUGGGACAAAGCCUAUGUCAAACCAAGGAUUUCUCUAACCCUCCGUUUUCUUUUACCCAGAGCUUCAACCUCAGUGCAUCAUACAGUGGGGCAAAAAAGUAUUUAGUCAGCCACCAAUUGUGCAAGUUCUCCCACUUAAAAAGAUGAGGCCUGUAAUUUAUCAUAGGUACACUUCAACUAUGACAGACAAAAUGAGAAGUAAAAAAAUCCAGAAAAUCACAUUGUAGAAUUUAUUUGCAAAUUAUGGUGGAAAAUAAGUAUUUUGGUCAAUAACAAAAGUUUCUCAAUACUUUGUCAUUGCCAACAAAGGGUAUAUAACAGAGGUCAACUUUUUCUGUAAGUCUUCACAAGAUUCACACACUGUUGCUGGUAUUUUGGCCCAUUCCUCCAUGCAGAUCUCCUCUAGAGCAGUGAUGUUUUGGGGCCGUUGCUGGGCAACACAGACUUUCAACUCCCUCCAGAGAUUUUCUAUGGUGUUGAUCUGGAGACUGGCUAGGCCACUCCAGGACCUUGAAAUGCUUCUUACGAAGCCACUCCUUCGUUGCCCGGGCGGUGUGUUUGGGAUCAUGGUCAUGCUGAAAGACCCAGCCACGUUUCAUCUUCAAUGCCCUUGCUGAUGGGGGGUUUUCACUCAAUCUCACGAUACAUGGCCCCAUUCAUUCUUUCCUUUACACGGAUCAUCGUCCUGGUCCCACCCCCAUGCUUCACAGUAGGUAUGGUGUUCUUUGGAUGCAACUCAGCAUUCAACAUGGCCCCAAAGCCAAGCCUCUCGCUCCCACCAUCAUCACCCAGGGGCCCAGCAACAGCCCUUCAGAGGUGAGCUUCAUCCAUCUGAAUAGAACCCUCAACAUGACGAGUUGAGUUUAACCAAAAAGUUAUAUUUUGGUGUCAUAUGGUCAGAUGAAAUUCUCCCAGUCUUCUUCUGGAUCAUCCAAAUGCUCUCUAGCAAACUUCAGACGGGCCUGGACAUGUACUGGCUUAAGCAGGGGGACACGUCUGGCACUGCAGGAUUUGAGUCCCUGGUGGCGUAGUGUGUUAGUGAAUGUAGGCUUUGUUACUUCGGUCCCAGCUCUCUGCAGGUCAUUCACUAGGUCCUUCCGUGUGGUUCUAGGAUUUUUGCUCACCGUUCUUGUGAUCAUUUUGACCCCACAGGGUGAGAUCUUGCGUGGAGCCCCAGAUCGAGGGAUAUUAUCAGUGGUCUUGUAUGUCUUCCAUUUCCUAAUAAUUGCUCCCACAGUUGAUUUCUUCAAACCAAGCUGCUUACCUAUUGCAGAUUCAGUCUUCCCAGCCUGGUGCAGGUCUACAAUUUUGUUUCUGGUGUCCUUUGACAGCUCUUUGGUCUUGGCCAUAGUGGAGUUUGGAGUGUGACUGUUUGAGGUUGUGGACAGGUGUCUUUUAUACUGAUAACAAGUUCAAACAGGUGCCAUUAAUACAAGUAACGAGUGGAGGAUAGGAGGACAUUUAGAGGCCAGAAGAAGUUACAGAUCUGUGUGACCCAUAAACCUUGCUUGUAGGUGACCAAAUACUUAUUUUCCACCAUAAAUUGCAAAUAAAUUAAUUAAAAAUCCUACAAUGUGAUUUUCUGGAUUUUUUUUCCAUUUUGUCUGUCAUAGUUGAAGUGUACCUAUGAUAAAUUACAGGCCUCAUCUUUUUAAGUGGGAGAACUUGCACAAUUGGUGGCUGACUAAAUACUUUUUUGCCUCACUGUAUAUAUACACUUUUGUAGCUGUAUUGGUAAAACGAAUAAUGCUAUACUACUCUUACCUACAUCUGCUGCCAAAUGCUCCCCAUCGACUGUGAUUUACUGUAUUGAUGGAAAUCUUUCCUAGACAAAGAUCUAUCAAAAACAUUUUUAUAUGCCAAAUUAUUUUAUUAGACAGAUAUUACGUGCCAUGAUGUUGUAUAAGGCUGGGUUGUGACUGGCCAAAUCGGGGCCAGCCCAGUAUACAUCGAUAAUGCCAGGACCCCCUGGCAUCAUGGUGACCAAGUUUAUCAUUGGUACAGGUACACCUCAGAGGACAGGGGGCCUGCAAAUACAAUACCAUGCAACACACAAACAAGAUAAACAGUCACUAAAAUGUGUUAUCAUAGGUAGUUACCUUGAAGGCAUUGGAAAGAGGCAUCAAAGCUGUGUACAAUAGUAGUAGUAAUAAUUAUUGAAAGUUGUUGGAAGUCAACAUUAAAUAUGUUCCGAGGACAUAAAAAUAAAGUUGCUCAACAGUAAAUUA